AUCGUACAGCCCCUUAGCCUUUGGCAGAUCCCAAAUCCCUAAUUUUCUUCCCCAAAACACUCUCUCCGUUUUCUCCUACCUCCUCUCUAUUCCCACGAAUUCAACUGGGAAAAUAAAACCUAAUCCGACUGAAAAGAAUUCGUCAUCUAUAAAAAUCUGACCUGAAAGUUUACGGACCCUACGCUGCAAGUGGGAGAAUACAGUGAAGUGGGUAGAUCAAGGACUCAAACAUAACACUAUGGGCUCGGAGAAUGAACCAUUAUCUUCCCAGAAGCGAUUAUCCUGCACUACCUGCUUCGAUGCUCUCUGGUUCUGCUAUUCUCCAGUACAUCAGAUGCAGCAGUAUUACAGGCUGGGAGUUCUUGAUAAUUGUUCUGCGAAAUGGAGUGCUCUGGUAGAUUGUUUAAUCCUCAAGACCAAGAAGUCUUCUGAGAUGCAGGAAAUUUUAGAAACUCGUGAGAAAGACAAGGCCCACAUUUGGACUUUCCGGACGCCAGAAGAAGCAUCAUCUCAUUGGAAAGAGCUGUUUGGGCAUUUAGAUGAAAUGGAAUGAGGAUCCGAUACCAAUUUACAGAUUCUUCUUAGGUGUUGAUGACUCCGUUUUGUUUGUUUUUUACUUUACCGCAAUAAGAGAGUAUAGAAGAAAUUUGCGGGUUAAUCCAAUGGAUUGAUGCAUAGACGGAGGAAAGAGAUUUUUUUUUUUUUUUGUUUUAAAUUUUAUUUUAUUCUCGUAUUCAAUAAGGCCUCUUGGCUUUAAAAAAUUCAAAUUUUACAUUUUUUUUCA